GUAAACCUGGACUGUGAUGGGGGCGGGCAGUCAGCCAAUCACAGGCUGGGAGUCGCAGUUUAUAACGCAUGGUACCACCUCAGUGGAUGCACACACAACCUGGGUCCUGAAGAGCACGAGCAGGAAGAUGAGGCGGCUGUCCGUGUUUCUACUGGUCCUUCUGUCCAUGAUGGCCGUGCAUGCCACCGACAACGCCAAGUCCCGUAGCAGCGAGGCAGCCAAGGUCACGCAGGCCCCAGAGAUGGAUGAUGAUAAUGAUGAUGAGGAGGAUGAGAUGGGUGGUUUAGGGUGGUGUAAGGAGGACCAGAGGGUGGCUGCCAUCUGUAUAGCGUGUGCACAGCUCCCGGCGGCGCUUUCACUUCCACCAAGCGAAUGUUGCAGCGACGCCGAUGCCCUAGAAAUCUGUAAGAACUGUGUUGACGACCCUGUCCGAUGUCUUCGAGACGUACUGGAUAUCGUCACAGAUGGCGACAGACCACAACAUGAGGAAGAGGCAAUGCGUGCUUAUGACAAGCGGUACGGAAUGUUGUUCUUUGGCCAGAAACCCAAAUAUGUUCCACCCAAGUCUGAUUAUGUGGCCGAGAAGAGGUUUGGCACUCUAAAUCUUGGUAAUAUGGGGAAGAGGCUCGACGACCAACUGGACGGUGAACUGGAUAAGCGAUGGGGAAGCUUGGGCCUCAGUAAGCGAUAUGGAACCCUUAACCUGGGCAGUUACUUUAACAAGCGUUACGGUAUGCUUGGCUUGGGCAACCGUUAUUUAGGCUAUUUAGGCAGCCGGGACCCGAACAUGGGUAAGAGGUUCGGGACACUCAACCUUGGAGGACUAUACAGCGACAUGGGAAAGAGAUACGGGACUCUCAACAUCGGCAAGGAGAGCGAUCUUUUAUCUGAGUCGGAGUUGGGAAAAAGGUAUGGCACAUUAAAUUUAGGCAAGAGAUACGGCACUCUAAGCAUGGGGAGCGGGUCUGGACCACUGAGCCUGGGCAAGCGAUAUGGGACACUCGGCAUGAGCAACACCUUCGGCUACUUCCCCUACAAGAGAAGUGAGUACGUCCCAUACAACGGAGCCAUUGGCACAGACAUGAAGAAACGGUACGGUCGUCUGUUUAUGGGGAGGUUUGGCGGAAAGCGGUUAAAUUCUGCUAACGAAAUCAGGAUCAGCCAAAUAAGGAAAUGAAAUUCGAGUGGACAAGACAGAGCAUAAGUGACUUAUCAGCCAUCAGAAUGUUAUCAAACCUCAUUAAAAGUGUUCAUUGAAAUGUGCCAAGAGAUCCUGACGGUGUUAUAUCGGGACGGCUGCCUCGAAAUGGUGGUGGCGUUUCUCUGACGUCUUGCUUGUCAUUAAGAUUCAAGAUUUUCAACAUUACAGUGACUUGUUAUACAAAGAGAAUAUAAUCACAAACAUGUAUGCUGAACAUAUAUCACAAGUGAUGUUUUGAAGUGAACUAUGAAGAAAGUAAGUCGCUAGGUGGUAACGCUUGGUUUACAAAGAGACAUGAAACUGUUCCAUUCGUAGAUAUCACAAUAGAUAGUAUUGAUCUCUGCUGUGAUUCUGGAAAUCUUGUUUUGUUGUUAUUUAUUUUGUGUAUUUUUAUGUCAAUAAAUAGCACUUGGCGAUC